CCUUGCUCUAUUAUUUUGCGCCUGCGCUCUUGAUGGUCUACGCGACGUACCUAAAAUCAUUUUGUGGAAAAUUUGAAGUUUGUUGUUAUUUGUGACAACUUAUAAUUCAUAAUUAUUUAUGAAAGCUCCGUGCUAAUUACCAUUCCAGGCGCGGGGCAAGAUUUCACUGUGGUGGUUAGCCUGGAUGCGUUCCGACACUAUACUUCGAGCGGUGUACGGUAGCCAUCUUGGAAUCGAACAAAGCUUCAGAUGUGUAGUUUGUCUGUUUAUCAAUAAUUUUUGUGCAUUUUCUUGUAAAUAGUUUGUAUGUUUAGGAUAUGUACGGAACGUUCGUCCAUAUGUGUAAAUAGCUAUGGCUGCGACAAGGAAAUUACAAGGUGAAAUAGACAGGUGUUUAAAAAAGGUAACAGAGGGAGUCGAGACAUUUGAUGACAUCUGGCAGAAGGUUCACAAUGCGACGAACAGUAACCAAAAGGAGAAGUAUGAAGCAGACCUCAAGAAGGAGAUCAAGAAGCUUCAGAGGCUACGGGAUCAGAUCAAGUCGUGGAUCGCCUCCGGGGAGAUUAAGGAUAAGAGUACACUUUUAGAAUAUAGGAAACUAAUAGAAACACAAAUGGAAAGGUUUAAAGUAGUGGAGCGGGAGACGAAAACGAAGGCGUAUUCCAAGGAAGGGCUGGGCGCGGCGCAGAAGCUGGACCCUGCGCAGAAGGAGCGGGAGGAAAUGUCCUCGUGGCUCGUCUCCUCCAUCGACGCACUUAAUUUACAAGUUGAUCAAUUUGAGUCUGAAAUAGAGUCACUGCUAGUGGGUAAGAAGAAAAGGUUGGACAAAGAGAAACAAGAUCGGAUGGAGGAACUGAAACUGAAGCUGGAGAAGCACAGGUUCCAUAUAAAGAAGCUAGAGACACUCCUGAGAAUGCUUGACAACAUGUCUGUCGAAGUUGAACAGAUAAAAAGGAUAAAGGACGACGUGGAGUACUACAUCGACUCGUCACUGGAGCCGGGCUUCGAGGAGAACGAGUACAUCUACGACGACAUCCGCGGCCUCGACGACAUCGAGCUCAGCGGCGUCGGCCUGCCUUCCUCCGCCACCACCGACAGCAACAACAGCAAUGACUCCGCAGGAUCUCCCACUAGCAUGCUCUCAGGUACAAGUCCAGUAACAUCACCAACGUUAGAGGUACACAAUCACUCAACAGAUUCCAUAGACGUCGAAAAAAAGAAAAAAGAAGAGAUCAUAACCAAAGUGUGCGAUUUGUCUUUUUCGCCGACAAUACACUCAAACUUGCCGGUAAAACCGCUGCCGCUGCGCGCGGGUAACGCGGGCGCGGUCAGUAACAGCACGUGUAACGUUAGUUCCUUGCUCAAUAACUCCGCAGCAUCCACCAAUAGAAGGGAUGUCGCGCGCGGGCCGCGGGCGGGCGCGCAGUGGCUGAGCGGAGCGUGUAUGUGCAGUAUAAGCAACAGCACGGGCGGCGGGCCGGCCGCGUCCAGCUGCAGCACGCCCAGCAAGCCGCCGCCCAGCUCGCCGCCGCACCACCACGCGCGACACGCCGCCACCAACUGCGCCAACACCUCCACAGAAGUAGUGGAGAAUGGUCCGGUGUCGACGACGGCCGCGCACACAGCGCCCCACCUGCCGGCGGCGCCCACGCAACCUCCGCCUACGUCAAAGAGUUCGUCAGUACCUCUACUUGGUUCGAGCGCGAGUGCGAGCGAAACAGCGCCAUCGCCCCUUACCGUCAACGGGCCUAGCCAACCGCCGCAUCAUACGCCACAACAUGUUGCUAACAAUGGUAGAGUGAGUGAAGCGUCGAGUACAGGCGGGCGCGGCAGUAGCGCGGGCGCGGCCACCGCGUCACUGAAGAGCAUGGCGCAGGAAGCCGUGCAACGCGCCGGACUCGAUCAACAUCACCCACAGAACCUAAGACGAGGGGCUCCCCUAGCGCAAGCGCACAUUCCUCCGUUACUGGGCGUGGCACCGCUAGGCCCACUACCACUCAACUCUGAACAUCAGCUACAGUUCCAAAUGUUGGAAUCAUCGUUCUACCACAUGCCGCACCCGUCCGACUCGGAAAGAACGAGGGUAUAUUUACCGAGAAAUAUAUGCCCCACGCCGAUAUACUACAACCAGGUGCUGCUCCCCCAUUCGGACUCCGUGGAGUUCUUCCAGCGACUAUCGACGGAGACAUUGUUCUUCGUGUUUUACUACAUGGAAGGCACGAAGGCACAGUACCUCGCUGCCAAGGCGCUCAAGAAGCAAAGCUGGCGGUUCCACACCAAGUACAUGAUGUGGUUCCAGAGGCACGAGGAGCCCAAGGUCAUCAAUGAGGAGUAUGAACAGGGCACAUAUAUCUAUUUUGACUAUGAGAAGUGGGGCCAGCGCAAGAAGGAGGGCUUCACGUUCGAGUAUAAGUACUUAGAGGACCGUGACUUGAACUGAGCGUGUCAGUGUCCAGCGCCGCCGCCGCCCCCGUCGAAGCAGUAUUGUCCGCCGACGCCGCGGCCGUCGCCGGCUCCAGCGAGGCUGUGUCCGUGCACUACAGAUCUGAAUACCUGAAGCCUGAGUGUGACUCGAUGCAUGAAGUGAAUGCCGCGUGCAGUGUGUGAGAUAUGGCGUAGUGUACAGUGCACCGCAGGAGAGGCCUGUAUCCCGCAGUGGACUCAGGGCACGGACCUCGCGGCCGAGACCUGCGACUGCGCCGCGGGCGUUAACUAAACUCUUACAAAAUAGUGUAUUUGAACAUAUUCUGGCAGUUUGUAACAUGGAAUAAGUUGUGAGGAUUGCAAGUCAGUUAGUAUUGAAGCCGAAGUGUUUGUAAACUGUACACAAGAACGAACAAGCGAAAGAUAACGUGAAGAUUAGUUUCAGCCAUACAAGGUUGUUAGUAGCGAAACAUGUGAUAUUGUUAUAGGCGCCCGGGACGGCCUCGACCCGCGCGAUAGUAUCGGGGCCGCUGUACCGGCGGACCGGUCCCUGCACAAUCCCUUACGUUCGGUUCCACGGAGUAUAGUGUAGGCUUGUGUUCUUAUGUCCUUGUGCAGUGACCGGCCUGACACUGGCCACCGAUGACCGAUGUGAUGGAAAUCUCCAUAAAACGGCUAACGCACAUUAUAAUUGUAGUACUUUUAUUGGAGCAUUUUAGGAGCGUAUGGCUUUAAUAUAUAAUUUAAUGAAAUUAGCAGACGUAUUAGUACGGACUGAUGAGAUUUGUUAAAGGAAAGAAGUUCGAGGUCGCCCCGGGUCAUUUGUUUUUAAACUUGUGUAUAGACAUUGGAAUAGUUUGAAAUUAUUUUAAGUGCCGGGGCAUGCGCACCACGGCCGCUGUAUUUGUGAUCUUAAUUUUUGUAGACUGACUAGUUUUCUUAUAAUUGUGAUCAACGCUGGCCAGGGCCAGGGUUCAGUGGACGGGCAUCAAACCGUGCGCGGGCGUAGUGCGCAGCGCCCUCGAUACCUAAAUAUAACUACAAUAAGGACCUCCAGUGUGAUUUCAUUAGUUUGCUAAGUAAUACACUUUUUCACCUCUAAAAUAUGUAUAUUUUAGUUAGUGCAUUUAAAUUUGAACAAAAGUUAAAUUAUGUAAGAGCAUGCAUGUCACACUGCCAAUGUAUUAUAUUAUUGGAUAGUUAUACGGUAUAUAUAUUUAUAUAAAUUGUACUUAUUUAUUGUUUGUGAUAAAUUUACGUGAUGCACCCGCACCGCUUUGUAUCGAGGUGAAAGAGUAUAUUAUCGAAGGUAACGUGAACGCGAGCGCAAUAGUGCUACUGCCAGAUAGUGAGUCACCAACACGUCUUGUUUUCCAUUGUCCAUGAGAGCAUAGAAGUAAUUUUGUAUUCAAUGAAGUAGUCGCAUCCGCGUCGCGCAGCUCAAUAGUUCGCGUCCCGGCGCCGCGUCGGUGCCGCACCGGCA